GUCAUGUCGCUGGAAGCUGUUAUCGAGAAGGUGAAGGCGCGCGUCAACGCCGUCGAUCCGAACGGGCCCCGCAAAGUGUUGGGUGUGUUCCAGUUCAACAUUAAAACCGCGUCCGGUGUGGAGCAGUAUGUGAUCGAUCUGAAGCAGCUAAAGGUGGAGAAAGGUACGACAGACACCCCGGACGUGACCGUUACCCUGAGCCUAGAAGACCUGAUCGCGGUUAGUGCCCGUACGCUAACCGUAGGCGAUGCUCUAACACAGGGAAAGCUUGAGAUUCAGGGUGAUGCCGCGUUAGCCGCCAAGCUGGCCGAAGUCAUCUAAGUGCAGUACUCCGGCAAUAUCUUAAUCUCUGA